AAUCUCCCUCCAUUUCUACGGUUUAAGUUGGUGUUUCAGCUUCGUGCUGCACAAUCCCUUCAGCUCCUGGCCCUCACUUCUAUUGGAAUACCUCAGUUGGUACUUUGGGCCGAUUUUGUGAUUGCCCCAAAUUCGACAGCUGCCGUCGCGGCUGCCUCCUCAUCAUGUCGCAAGAUACCGGACUGUUCAGCAUCAGGCGCCCUCGCGAGUCGAUGGCGCUUGGAAGCGUUCAGAACUACUCCGCUCUUCCCCAACCCUCAUCCGCCCUCAAACGUACCAGCUCCGUUGGAUACCAGAACCCUCCCUUCACUUCCCAGCACACCCGCUCCAUGUCGAUUAUGAACUCUGCCAGUCGCCCACAACAGCCGAAUUUCCAGCGAUCUUCAUCGGGUGGGGGUCUUGGUGCAGACGCCGGUCUCUCGUCAGUCCGGCGCUCGGUGUCGAGCAAUAUCUUCCAUGGGCCCAGCGUGGGACGCCCCAGCCUCGCUCCUGGAGCUAUGGCAUCCAAUACAGCGGCUGCGCAGGCGUUACAGCGACGGAGUAGUGUGUUCUCACGCCCGUCCAUGGGUGGCGCCAUGGCACAUCAGUCGUUCUUCACCCAGGUCCCCACAGUAGCUGGUGUCCCAAGAGACCCGAGACCUCUCAGAGACAGGUCUUUCCAGGCGCGGAUCGGCCAAGAGCUGUUGGAGUAUCUGACACAUAACAACUUUGAACUUGAGAUGAAGCACUCACUGGGUCAGAACACGUUACGGUCACCGACCCAAAAAGACUUCAACUACAUCUUCCAGUGGCUAUAUCAUCGCAUCGACCCGGGCCACAAAUUUCAGAAGAGCAUGGAUGCGGAAGUGCCGCCGAUAUUGAAGCAGCUGCGUUACCCCUACGAGAAAGGCAUCACAAAGUCGCAAAUCGCAGCAGUUGGCGGCCAAAACUGGCCCACUUUCCUCGGCAUGCUACAUUGGCUCAUGCAACUAGCGCAGAUGAUGGAUCGGUUUCUUCUUGGGGAAUAUGACGAAGCCUGCGCAGAAAUGGGCGUAGACGUCUCGGGCGACCGUAUCAUCUUCCGGUUCCUUACCAGUGCCUACCAUGAUUGGCUUCAGGGUGGGGAGGAGGAAGAUGACGAAACGGCAGAGAAGAGGCUUGUUCCACAUGUUGAGAUGAUGGCACAGGAGUUUGAGAAGGGCAACGAGAAGUAUGUGCAAGAGAUGCAGGUCCUCGAGGCUGAGAAUCGGGCCCUACGCGAUCAGAUCGAAGAGUUAGAGAAGAAUGCCCCGGACAUGGCCAAGCUGGACAAACACUUCCGCAUCUUGGAGGACGACAAAAGGAAAUUCGAAGAUUACAACCAGAAUGUGCAGGGCAAGAUUGAGAAGUACGAGAAUCGCAUCAAAUUCUUGGAGGACGAACUCAAAAAGACCGAAGCGGACCUGCAAGCGGCGGAGGAUGAACGGUCCGGGCUCCAGGCCAGUGUCGACCAGCAGGGCCUAACUAUUCAAGACAUCGAUCGUAUGAACACCGAGCGCGAGCGGCUGCAGAAAAACCUUGAAGACACUGUCAACCGGUUGGAAGAAACGCAUGCCCGGGUCAUGGCCAAGGAGGCGGAAGCAAGCAAGAAGCUAGAGGACUUGGAGGAGGUGGUCAAAGCCUACAACACCCUCGGCUACCAAAACAGUUUGAUCCCAUCGUCUGCCGUGAACGCCAAGGGGGAUGAAUACGAGCUAAGUCUGAAUGUCAACGAGAGCAAUUUCUCGUCAUCUCAAAUUGGUGGUCUCCCGAACAGAAUCUCUCCGGAAGGAGACCGACUGCUUGCGGAGCCUUUCACUGGAUACCACCCGGCUCACUUGUUGAACCUGGACCUACGUGGUGCCGUUCGUAGUAAUCUCCAGACUCUCCGCAAGGACAUCAACGAGCGCCGGAAACGCGCAAUUGACGAUGACAUGGAGCGUCGCAAUCUGCUGGACAACAUCAAGGAGGCGAUGGACGAGAAAAGAAGCGAAGUCGAAGCCUUGGAACACAAGCGGCGCGCCGCCGAAGAGGAGUUUGAAAGGCUCAAGGAGAUUACCACUACUCAGAAGCUGGCGUCGGAUGCCCAAAUUGAGAAGAUGGAGAAAGAGCUGGCCAAGAUGCGCGCUACGCUCAGCGAAAGCGUUCAACUGAUGGAGCAGCGUGAGAUGAAUACCAACAUUGAAUACGAGCAGUUGACGCUCCGUGCGAACUCUCUACGGGAAGAACUACACACAAAUGUGGAAAGUAUGCUGAAUGAUGUUAUUCGCUUCAAGGUCCAUGUUCAGAAAGGACUGGAAGAUUACGAAAGCUUUGUCGUUGAUGAAGUCGAGCAAGAGCUGGGAGGUGAUAUGCAGUUUGCUGAAGAAGAGGAUAUUGAGAUGGUUACCGAAGAGCUAUGAACCCGGCUGAGCCAGAGUGAUGGCUCACAUUCAUGAGAGAAUACACUGUUCGAUCCACAGGGUUCAUUAUUCGGCUGGGCUUGGUUUGUUUGGGGUUUGAUUCUCAGGCGCUAUUGGUAGGUUCUGUUGUAGUAUGGGCCACGUUCUGUUCAUGUCGGUUCAUACUAGGUCUGGUCUUUCUACCUUUUUGUUUUCAUUGAUACCUUUGGCCACUGGUCGCUAUUCGGGUCGAGUCAUUGAUCUACCUAUCUACCUUCAUACCUUCAGGGUUUGCAUAUACAUGAAUUCCCUUUGAUUAAUAUGUUACAUAAGGCACUGUUGUAUUUUGAUAGCAUUGUCUGAGACUUGAAAUGCC